AUGGCUACCCCGCCACAUCCACCGCCUCCUGUUCCACCUGUAUUUCUAACAGACGGCGGCGGAAACAGCGUUAGCCAUAUCGGUAAUACAGACUUUAUUUCAAUUGAUAUGCUUGCCCAGCUCGCUGGAUGCGGCUUCAACCAAACUUUCCUGGAAGAUUUCGGCGUCAACAUGACGUACGUAAGCUCCCUGAACAUCUCGCAUCAGGUUGGCUACUGGUCACUGAUACUUCUAGAGUUGAACUGCUCAAGAGGACCUUUUCCUACCGAGCCACCGUUUACUGAUGAGUCCUCGAGUUCAAAACAAACUGGCUUGCUCAUUGCCUACUUUGCUACGAUCAUGGCACUGGGGCUAUCCAUGAAUAUCUGUGUCAUCGCGACUAUUCUACAAGCCCGCAGACUCAGGACUGUUACAAACACGUUCGUCUUAAGUCUGGCGUUAGCUGACCUUCUGAUGGCAGCGGUGGUUAUUCCGUUGCAGAUCCACGAUGUUCUACAGCCGAGGGUACUAUCUCACCUCCUGGAUCCUCUUUUCCCGAUCCUCGGCGUCGCGUCACUGCUCAAUUUGUGCGCCGUGACUCUUGAUCGCUUCUUUACAAUCACCAGGCCGUUAACGUAUGAAGCAAAAGUGUCUCCGCGCCGGGUCGGUAUAAUCAUCGCCUGUAUUUGGCUCAUAUCCAUCGCUCAAGAAGCAGUCCGGUUUUCCAUCCGUGAAGACCACCCCGAGCAAAUAUUUCAAGUCGUGCGAUUCGCGCUGGUGUUUAGCGUGCCGUUUACCUGCGUGUUGUUCGUGAACGUGAAGAUUUAUGUGAUCGCGCGUGCCCACUCGCGUCAGAUCGCCGCUAACGAUCCGAACCUCGACGGUCGUAGCACCAGAAGCUUCGCAAAAAAGCUAAAAACCGCGCGCAUAAUUGGUCUGCUGGUCGGCACCUUUGUACUUACGUGGUUACCGUUUUUUGUAAUGACUGUUUGCGAGAUCUUCAUCAAACUCAGUCUUCCCAAACAAGAAGUGCUGGUCCACGCGCGGAAACUGAAAAUAGGGAACACUGUUUGCGCGGCGCUAGCAUCCAGCACGGCUUUUUUUAAUCCGCUGCUGUACGGGUUAAUGCGCAAAGAAGUCAGGGAGGCAAUGUUAAGAUGCAUCAAGUGCCAAAAUAUCAACCAGAUAGAUGGUGAAGGGUCUACCGGACGCAAUGAGGCCACAACUCACUUUCACAAAUGA